AUGAACAAUCUCGUCACAAACAUACCCCACAGUACGGUCGCGUACCUCUGGCGCGGCCUCGGCCUGCCUGAUGCCGCCCUCAAUGCACUAGACCUACCGGUAGGAGACGCGUUCAGCUCGAGCUUCAAAGUAUGGCACUUGGCCCAAUCCACCGUCGCCACCGCAGCCCUCACCGGGGCGCUGAUACACGCCACCCGCUCGUCGUCUCCUAUACCCCGCGUCCGCGUCGAGGUGCCCCACGCCGCGGCGGCCUUCGUCUCCGAACGCCUCCUGCGGAUUGAUGGGAAUCCUCCGCCGUCAGCGUGGGGCGUCCUCGGCGGCCUAUACGCGACAAGAGACGGUCACGUGCGCAUACACGACAGCUUUGCGCACCACCGUGCCAGCAUUCUACGUGUACUCGGACUUGCGGAAGACGAGAGCCGGUGCGAGGCUGUCGCAGAAGCAGUACGGACCUGGGACAAGGUUGCGCUAGAGGAGGCCGCAUUGGCCAGCGGUGCGGUCGCGUACGCGCUCCGCAGCGAGGCGGAAUGGGAGGCGACGGGCCAAGCGCAAGCCCAGGCGGACAAGUUUCCUAUCUCACUACGUGUGGCGUCUCCGUCUCCGUCUCCGUUUGCUACUGUUCCUCCUCUCCUCACGGGCCCGUCGCUGCGCCCACUCACAGGCCUACGCGUGCUGGACCUCUCGCGAGUCAUUGCUGCCCCCGUAGCAGGGCGUACUCUGGCUGCCCUCGGCGCCGACGUGUUGUGGGUAACGUCCCCCAACCUCCCUUCCCUACCAGGCCUCGACGGCGACAUGACGCGAGGUAAACGCAGCAUCUCUCUCGACCUAGAUGACGCGGCCGACGCCGCCAAGCUAUGCGAACUGGUCAAGACGGCCCACGUGUUUCUGCAGAGUUAUCGGCCUGGUGCGCUCUCAUCCCGUGGUUGGGGCCGCGAGGACGUUCGUAGACUUAAUCCAGGUAUUAUCUACGCUUCGCUGUCCGCAUGGGGACCAGGACCGUGGGAAUGCCGCCGCGGCUUUGACUCGCUCGUCCAGACCGCCAGUGGCCUUAACGUGUUGGAAGCCGAGGGUGCUGAGCUUGGUCAAGCUACAUUCACGUCCAUGCCACAUGAACCAAAGCCCGCCCGCCCACUACCCUGUCAGGCGCUCGACCACGGGGCCGGAUACCUCCUCGCCGCAGGUAUCCUCGCAGCCGUGUACCGGCGCAUGAUUGAACCCACGAAUGGUGGAUGGGACGUAGACCUGAGCCUCGCGGACGUCAUGGAGCUCCUCAGGUCCCUUGGGAGACAGGCGUUCUCUGACGUACCCGCGCCAAGCGUGAACGACGACGCGUGGCUCGAGACGACGCGUGGUGCACUUGGCGAGGUCACUGGCGUGUCGUUUCCAGCAACUAUUAAUGGCGUGGAUACCAGCCUCGGGCGGCCGAGCGUGCGAGGCGCUGAUGUAUCCGAGUGGCUCUGA